UAUGUCAACGCCCCUCCUCUCACAAUUAUCCAAUCUUCAUCGCCGUUUCACAAACUUUCUCUCUCUAACUUCCCUCUCUCUCAUCCAUUUGGCUCGUUUUUGCUCUUCCUCUGAUACACCCACAUGGAAUUCAAACUCAAAGCUAUGCGUAUCCCACCCCGUUCUCUCUCUGAUGGAAUCAUGCACCACCAUGAAUCAACUUGUGCAAAUUCAAGCCCACAUGACCAGGAAAGGCCUCAUGACCCAUCGUUUCCCUGUAAGUCGGGUCCUUGCAUUCUGCUCUCUUUCAGAGAAUGGAAACAUGCAACAUGCCCGACUUGUAUUCGAACAAAUUUUAGACCGAAAUGUGUUCAUAUAUAACACCAUGAUCAGAGGCUAUACAAGAACCAGUUCCCCAGUAGAAGCUUUGAUUCUUUUUCAUCAAAUUCUCGGUCAUGGCCUCGCAGUCGAGAAUCGAACCAUGGUCUUUGUUCUCAAAGCUUGUGAGCAGUUUAAUGAAUUAGAUGAAGGGGAGCAAAUCCAUGGUUUGAUUUUGAAGAUGGGUUUUGGAUUUGAUAUAUUGGUUCACAAUGCACUAAUACAUUUCUAUGCUGAACAUGGUGAUUUGGUUGUUGCUCGUCAAGUGUUUGAUGAAAUGGGUGAUAGAGAUGUAGUCUCAUGGACAUCCAUGAUAGAUGCAUAUUCCCAAUAUAAGAACCCUGAUGAGGCUUUGAAGCUCUUUUACGAAAUGGUUUUAGGAAAUUAUGAAUCGAAUGAAGUUACCAUGAUCACUGCGGUAUCUGCGUGCUCUCAAAUUGGAAUACUAGAGCUAGGUAGAUCGAUUCACUUCUAUGCCAUGAAAAUUGGCACCAAAUUCACAGUGAAUUUGUUGAAUUCUUUGGUUGAUAUGUACACAAAAUGUGGUGGUGUCGAAUUCGCCCGCGAAUUAUUUGAUGGCAUGGCCGUCAAGGAUGUGUUCUCUUGGACAUCCAUGAUUAAUGGAUAUGCCAAGUGUGGGAUGUUGGAACUUGCACAUGAGCUCUUCGAUGAGAUGCCGGCAAGGAAUGAGGUGACUUGGAAUGCCUUGAUUUCUGGUUAUUCGCAAACCUACAGGCCGAGGGAGGCACUGAAUUUGUUUCAUGCCAUGUGCAUGGAGAAUGUCGUGCCCAUAGAGGGGUCUCUAGUGGCUGCAUUAUCGGCUUGUGCUCAGUUGGGGGACUUGGAUCUCGGCUCAUGGAUCCAUAGGCACUAUGUGGAAGAAAAGAGAGUGCAGUUGAGUGUCAUAUUAACCAAUGCCCUAAUCGAUAUGUACGCGAAAUGUGGGUGCAUAGAGAAUGCUAGCAAGCUUUUUGAGGAGAUGGCUGAGAGGGAUGUGGUUUCAUGGAAUUCGGUGAUCAUGGCAUGUGCCAUGCAUGGCGACGGCAUCAGAGCUUUAGGCCUGUUUGAUAGGAUGGUGGCCACGAGAGUUAAGCCAGAUGACAUAACAUUUGUGGGGGUCUUGUCGGCAUGUAGUCAUAGUGGGAUGAUAACAGAAGGUCGAAGACACUUCGACAGCAUGAAAAGAGUUCACGGUAUCAAGCCUAAGACCGAGCAUUACGCAUGUAUACUCGAUCUGCUUGGUCGGGUUGGGCUGUUGGAGGAGGCGCUUUCGCUGAUGAGGAGCAUGCCCAUGGUGCCUGAUGUAGCAUGCUGGGGUGCUCUUUUGAGUGCAUCCAGAAUGCAUGGCAAUGUAGAAUUAGGAGAGCUUGCAGUUGAAAACCUGAUAAGGUUGGACCCUAGUGAUAGUGGGAUUUAUGUUCUCUUGGCUAACAUCUAUGCUUCCAAGGGAAAAUGGGAUGAUGUGAAGAGAGUGAGAAGAAUGAUGAGGGAGAAUGGAGUGAAAAAGGCUCCUGGUUCUAGUUUUGUUGAGCUUGAAGGCAAGUUUCAUGAAUUCUUGGUUGAAGAUAAGUCCCACCCUCAAUCCAAAGAAAUAUAUUUGAUUUUGGAUGAGAUCUCAGAACAGUUGAAGUUGGAGGGCUAUGUACCAAGGUUACAGAAGCUGGCAUGUGUAUAAUAUAGCAAACCUUCAAUCAUAUGAUGAAAAUUUCAAGAUCUGAAUCCCUUAGCCAACAUAACCAGAAGAAAGAAAGACAUUUUUAUAUCAAGUAUUGAUCCAGAAAUUGCUCAUUGAUGAGUAACUUCAGGCUUCUAGAAAAUGAGACUAACGAACGUUGAUUGGACCGUGGAUGAUCUCAUAUGGAACUUCUGUCAUCUGUAUGGCUCUAUGUCAGUAUUAUCAGGAUUGGAUCGGCUACCAAAAUAGUGAGGGGGUUAGUCCA